GGGGAAGAUAAAAUAAAAAUAUUGUGAAUUCAUUGUCAAAAUUUGAUGACUUUGUCAUAGAAAUAUGUUAAAUUGUGUAAAUUUGGAUUAUACAUAAAGGAAUAUCUACAGAAAAAGAAAAUAUUCGUCUAAAUCUAUUCGAAACCGAUUUAAUUAAAAAAAAAAACAAUUUUCAUGCAAAAAACUGAAAAAGACAAGGAAUAUUUUUCAGUUUUUAUUGCUUUGAGACAUUGCGCGACGGAACAAACGAAAGACAAUGUGAAAAUGGCACAGCAAAAAAAAAUCAAUUUUGUUAAUUAAAUUCCAUGGCAAGAAUCUAAAAAAUAAAAGCAUUAAAAUAAAUGGAAAAAAUAUGGAUGUGAAUAAAGAUAGUGAAGAUAUGUUUAUUUAUAGCAAAAUGGAAUAAAAGUGAAAUUGAUAAAAGUAAUUAAAUUUUAAGGAAAAAAGAGUUAUGAGAGUGUGACAAAAACAUUUACGAGUGACAGUGAACAAGAAAAAAAAGAAAAAGAAAAUAAAGAUUCUAUAAUAGAGACGACAGAGAUAGAAGCCUCAAAAUUAUAAUUAUGAAAAAAGAAAAGUGCAGUAAAAAGGGAAUUAGUGUUUAUGAUAUAAACGUGGACUAAAAGUAUUUUCACAAAAAAAAAAAUAACGAAUGAUAUUUGUGAUAUUAAUCCUUAAUACGGUCUUUAAAAUAAAAACAUAAAAAUUUUGUACGAUUCUUCCAUCUAUUAUUUUAUCACAUAAAUACACAUAGCAUCCUGAUAAGUGAUGAAGUUUUGACAUUUUUACAACAAUGAAAAAUGCUCCUAAAAUUUCACAACCACGAGAGAAAUGGAGAAUGGAUUAUGUAAAUAUAUGCUGCUGUAUACUUGCAUUCGUGCUUUAUCUCAAUACAUUGAAGGCUGGCUUCGUUUACGACGAUAGACGAGCUAUAUUAAACAAUCCCGAUGUGACGGGUGCAACUCAACCGUGGUAUCAGCUUUUAUUCAAUGACUUUUGGGGCACGCCACUUGUUGAUUCCGGCUCGCAUGGAUCUUAUCGACCUAUGUGCGUGUUAAGUUACAAAUUAAAUCAUAUUGUUGGUGGACUCAAACCUUUUGGCUAUCAUCUGAUAAAUGUGCUUUUACACUGUCUAUCUACUGGAUUAGUUGUUAAGUUAGCUAGGUAUAUAUUACCAAAUGGCAUUAGUAUAAUCAUAUCGGGACUACUUUUUGCCUCACAUCCAAUUCAUACUGAAGCAGUGGCUGGAAUUGUUGGACGUGCCGAUUUAAUAGCGUGCAAUUUUUAUAUAUUAACUAUAUUAUCAUAUAUAAAGCACGUUCAAUGGCGUAAAAAAUGUUAUUUGCGACACUGGAUGGCAUUAUGUGGUGCAAUUUUAAGUGCUUCCGCUGCCGUUUUGUGCAAAGAAACUGCAGUCUCAGCUCUUGUUAUCUGUAUCAUUUAUGACAUCCUGAAAGGAUUCAACAUAAUUUUCAAAGAUAAGCAUCAAUUAAGGAGCAUAGGAAUAGUCGCAGUCGUAACUUUAACCAUAAUGCAUCUCCGAUUAUCACUUCCCGGACCAACAAAACAGUUUUCAAUAGCCGAUAAUCCAACCGCUAGGGUCAACUCAUUAAUGACACGUUUUUAUACAUUUUUAUACCUGCCCGUAUUCAAUUUCAUCAUGCUCCUUUACCCACAAACAUUGAGCUUUGACUGGGGUAUGGAUGCUAUUCCGCGAAUUACCUCAUUUUUUGAUUCGCGUAAUUUUAUUUCCAUCGCAUUUUAUGCCGGUCUAUGUGUUGUCAUUAUGAAAUGUGUUGUUCGACUUCGGAAAAAGCCAUCGAUAUCAAUGAGUAGUCACAAAAACAGAAAAAUAGUUAGAAUGAAACGAAAACAUCAAGUGAUAAAUAAAAAUAAUAAUGAUAAUAAAAACAGUGAAAUUUUGAUAGAUAAUAAAAAUGAUAGUAAUAAUAAUAAUAAUAUAAAUAAUAACAAUAAUGAAUAUAAUAAUGAAUAUAAAAAUAAUAAUAAUAAUGAAAAUCUGAUGGAUAAUAAUAAUAAUAAUAACAAUGAAAAUUUGAUGGAUAACAAUAAUAAUAAUAAUAAUUGUGAAAACAACAUCACGUGGCCACUAUCAAAACAUAAUCAAUUAUUAAGCACAGAAACAGGUUGUUCGGCAUGCAAAAAUAAUAAUUCAAACUAUCAUCAAAUGAGUGCAAAUCAAACGAAUUAUAAUGAUUAUAAUUAUAGUAUGAUUAUUCCAUCAUAUGAUACAUCACAUGUCAUGAAUGGAUUAGAACAGAGUGAAAUCAAUAAAUAUAAUCUUAAUCAAAGUAUAUCACUAUCGCCUUUAAAGAAAUAUAUCAGAAACAAUAAUAAUCUUGUAUAUUUGAUGAACAAAGAUGAUAACAAUAACAAUAAUAAUGAAUUCAUUAAUGAUAAUAACAACAAUAAUUUAUAUGUAAUUGAUAAUAAUAAUUAUACAUCUCCGAAAUCAUCGACAUUGAUGUCGAAAUCAUCAAAGUUAUCUGCAUUGUAUAUGACAAUUAAAGCGUAUCCGAUAAAUAGGCAAAAGCUGAUAGAUGGCGUAAAAAAUUUAUCAUGUCGAAUCUCUAAAGCUGCCAUUCAUAAUCUAAAUAAUUUUACAAAUGAAGAGACUAAUUCAAAACUCAGCAGUUCGGCUGCAAUUCUUAUAUCCCUCACAAUACUCAUAUUACCUUUUAUACCGGCAACUAAUGUAUUUUUCUAUGUGGGCUUUGUCGUAGCCGAGAGAAUUUUGUAUUUGCCAAGUGUUGGAUAUUGUUUGCUAGUGGGAUUAGGUUUAGGUAAACUAAUUAAUUCACAAAAAAAAUUAGAACAUAAUGUGCGAAUGAGAUAUAAGAGUGAUAAACGGAGCAAUGCUAAAUCAAUUGCCAUCGUUUUAUGUAUCAUAGUCAUGUUAAGUGCGUUCAGUUUUAAAACCAUGAUAAGAAAUCGUGAUUGGUACGACGAAAAGAGUCUGUAUCGUAGUGCUGUAAACGUUAAUCCUCCAAAAGCACUUGGAAACUUAGGAAGCAUUUUCUGUUCACUAGGUCGAUAUUUGGAGGCUGAGAAAGUUCUAAAAGCAGCUCUCAAGCAUCGACCCAACAUGGCUGAUGUUCAUUAUAACUUAGGAAUUUUGUAUCAAAAUCAACUAAAAUAUGAGAAUGCUGUGCAAAGUUUUCAAAAAGCUAUUCAUUUUCGACCAACACUUGCAUUGGCUUAUUUGAAUCUUGGCACAUCGCUCAUUGCAUUGGGUAGAUGUAAUGAAGCAGCACUAGUGUUACGUGAUGGAACAAAAUUAGAUAGUUCUGGAUUAAGAGAUAAAACGGAGCAUGAGAAUGCUAGAAUUAGUUCUCUUAUACAGCUCGGUGGAUUAUACACAGAACAAGGAAAAUUACAACGAGCAUUAGCCGUGUAUCGAGAGGCAUUACAUACACUUCCGUCAUCAUAUCCACCACAAGAAAUUUAUCAUCGCCUCGGUGAUGUGUUUUUAAGACUGAAUAAAUGGCCAGAAGCAGAACGUUUUCAUCAAGCAGCACUAGAAGCCGAACCAAAUCAUAUAGGUGCUCACAUUUCAUACGGCACAAUACUCGCACGUAAUAGUAGUCGAUCAUUAGACGCUGAACAAUAUUUUAAACGUGCGAUUCGACUUGCUCCACUCGACUCAAGUAUUCAUCAUCAUUAUGCGGAGUUUCUUGCGUCCAUUGGACGUCAUGAGGAAGCUUGCAAGAGUAGAGUGAAAGCGGCUGAAUUGUCACCAAAUAACUAUAAUUUAGUAAUGGCUGCAGCGACUUCAUUAAGAUGGCGAGAUAGAAAAGAGGAUGCUUUAAAAUGGUAUCGACAGGCAGUCAAUCUGCGUCCGAAAGAUGCACUUGUUCAUUCAAAUUUAGGUGCAAUUUUUCAUAUUCUUGGUCAUACAGAGCUAGCCAUCCAAAGCUAUAAAACUGCUCUAAAUCUUCAACCAAACGAUGCCACAACAUUGAAUAAUUUAAAAAAAUUGAAAGUUAUUGAGUUCUCAUGAAACUCUCUCCAUCUCAAUUACUCUCGAUAAAAUAUUAUAAAAAAAUAAAUGAAUCUUAUAUAAAAAUCAUCCACAUAUGGCAUGCAGCUGUUAUAUAUUUAAAUUACUGAUGCCAUUUUUCUUAUUAUUUAUUUUUCAUACAAGAAUGUCAAAAAAUCAUAAAAUGAGCUGAAGUCUUCUUCCUUUUCUCACCAUUUAUAGUUAUUACAAUUUAUUCAAAAAUAUAUUUUUUCCCCAAAACAUUAUUAUUCGAAUAAAAAAAAUUUUCAUGCCAUGCCUUCAAACAAAGUAUCAAAAUGAUAAAUUAUCAAAUCCUGCUUGUAAAAAAUACAUUACAAAAAUUAUAGAACAUCAUACAAAUAAAAAAAAGUCCUCGUGUUAUUGGUCGAGGGACUUCAGCACAUUUUUGUCGUAGCAAUCAGUAUUUUUUUAAGCAACCUAAUGCGAGUCAAUAAGCAAAUAGUACCAAAGGUUUGUCUUAGCAAAGCUUCUUUGUUUUAAACAUUAGGUACAAUUUUAACGUUUUAUUUCAUUUAUCGGGAGAAAUAAAUUUUAAUUUCUAAACGUACUUAUCACGUGUUUUUGUAUGAAAUAGAAAAACCAUUAAUUUUAGUAUGAACACACUGUUUCAAGACAUUUAAUUAUUCGAUGAGCUGAUAAAUCAAUAGUAACAAAGCUAAUAAAACAAACCCGAAGUCUCUAUGAUUUAUGGUUAUGGAGAUCUCAGAUUUCGGACAGCCGAACGAACAGCCAAGUUGCAUUUUUAAAGUUGUACAAAAAAUUACUACAAAAAAAAUUAAUUUAAUAUCUUUGACUGAUACCAUAUUUUUGUGAAUGCACUUUGUAUGACACAAAAGGAAGAGAAGUAAAUUAAAAUUAAUUUAUAAUUAAUGCAAAAGACUUGCGCAUCAAUAAUAAUGAGAGAGCAAAAAAAAAUCUAAAAUUUGUGUUUAAGCGACAAAAAAUAAACUAUGUAAAAUAAUGUAAGGGGUCGUUCACUUAUUAUGUUUGGGGGGGUGGGGGCGUAGACGAGAUUUCAACAAUAGAAAUUCUGAGAUUUUUUUUUGAAAAAUGACCAUUAUUUCCGAACGUAAUAAGUGAAUUAUCCCAAAUCAAUUCAUGGAAUCUUUUGUACGAAAUCACCCAAGCAGCACAAAUUAGACAAAAGAUUUCGUAGGAAUGUAGCCUUGUGUCUACCAAGUUACAUGAGAACUGAAUGAGUAACCUUAAACCCUCAAACUUGUGAGAAAAAAAAAUUACAGGAGUUGGAAGGAAUAUAAAAUUUCAAAUUUUCAAAAUCCAUUAUUAAAGAUUCUGUAUUAAAUAAUCUGUAAUAAAUGCAUCAAACGUCUUACUUUCUUCGGACUACCAUUAUUUAAAUAAAUAUGAGAGCGCAACGAUAAAAAACCAACAGAAGAAAUUUAUAGAAUUUAAGUAGAUAUUAAUUAAAAUAAAUGAAAUAA